CUCGAUUCUUUAUGCGGGCGCUUGGCGCCCGGGGCAUGGGAAGAGGAGGAGUCCCGGCACCUGGGGAGGGGACGUGACGUCACUUGUUGCGGGAGCGGCGAAUGCCUGGAGGUGAUGUCAUCUGUUGCUAGGGCCCUAGGCAGAGGAGAAGCUGGGCAACCACCCUUGAAGGGACUGUCCCAGGAUUCCUGGCUCGGCCCCCAGAGGGUGGCUUCCUGUGCAGACCCCCACCCGAGGAGGCCCCGAGGCCAGAGGAUCCGGCCGGGGACUCAGACCCUGAGACUGCAGGGGAGAUCGGCCGGCCCCAGUGAGCCCCUACUGAGGACGGCUUAGCCUUGGUGGCCCGGAUGCUCGAGGAGGGAGCUCUGCCCACUGAGGGUGCAGCACGUGCCCAGGAGGAGGAGGAGGGGGAGGAUGAAGAGGAGGACGGAGCAGCCCCCUCUGCACUCCUAGCAGCCCCUUGCCAGGAGCCUGUGACCUUCAGGGACGUGGCCGUGGACUUCACCCCUGAGGAGUGGGGGCGGCUGGGCCCCUCUCAGAGGCAGCUGUACCGGGACGUGAUGUUGGAGACCUACCGGAACCUGGUCUCCCUGGACUGUGAGACGUAGACCGAGACCAAGGCGGUAACUCCAAAGAAGAACCAUCCCAGGGGCUGAUAGAGAGACUUAGGAUGGGUGAUGUGUGCCACCUGAUUGGGGGGAAGCUGAUGGAUGUGGGAUCCAGACCCAGAACAGCAAGGAAGAAGCCAGGAGAGACGGUUAAAGCAAGUGAGAGGAGACCAGAAGCCGAUACUGGGGAGAAAGAAGUCUUACAAAUGUAAAGGACGUGGGAAGGGCUUCCAACCCUCAUGGUGCACCAGAGGCUUUGUGCUGGACAGGAGCCUUCUGAUGGUGGUUGUUUGGUUGCUGGCCUUCCUGCUUGAAGAGGACCAAAAUGACAUCACUGUGUCUGGGUCAAGAGCACAGCACCUUCUCUGAUGAG